CUCUCCGCUUAACUUACGGGAUGCUCUCGCUAGUGGUGAGGCUCUGCCGAUUUCCGGGAACUCAUUCUUGCACGUGAUUCGGACUUUCGACAGAGGCGUCGGCGAUGAGCUACAUUGAGACUCUUCGCGAAUGUAUUCGAAGCUUGGAUGUUGCAAAGGUCCGGACGAUCCUCGAUGAGAUCCAAGAUGGAACAUUCAACAUCGAUGAUUAUCAGGAUCAGGACCUCCUCCAAGAGGUCUGCUCGUCCAGAGACUGUGAGUCGUCGUCGGCGAAAAUUCGGAGCCUCGUCUACAUGCUCGUCGACUUCGGCAUCGACCCCAACCGAGAAAGCGAAAGACCUCCGUUGGCACUGGCCAUCCAAAACCAGAAUAUUUCCGCACUGACUGCACUUCUACAAUCCUCAACCGACUUACUUCAACUCAAAGCUGUUCAGUCCCAGAGACUUUCUCCCGAAGUCAAAUCAGCGAUACGGAAAUACCAGCCAGGGAUAUGGAUCGCGGUCCAAGCAGGGAACAUCGCUGAUGUCCGAAGGCUGAUAAACUUCUGGGUUCGAAUGGAUGGCGAAAGGUAUGGGAAGACCCUCUUGGAGUCCGCUCAGUCCACGGGGAACGAUAAAAUCACGCAACUGAUCUCGGGGAUCGCACCAAGCAUGGCACUCGUGCAUCACGUCCUGGCGAGAGAUCGUCGCAAAGUUCAAGCGCUCCUGACGAAAUCAAAGAAACGGCCCAACUUCCUCUUUGACUUUCGACAUUUUGGGGGUCAAGGGGCGCCUAUCCUUUACUACGCUAUGGCGAAUCAGGACGUUCACAUUUCUCGGCUUCUCGUAAACUCGGGCGCCCAACUAUUCACGUCGAUGCGAGACGCAGACGGAAUUGAAUUUCCGGUACUGUUCGCCGCGUUGAACAAUUCUCUUCAGCCAGAAAUGGUCGAGGCUCUGAUUCCAAAAACAGAUAUGUGUGAAUCAGUUCUUCAGCAGCUCUUCUACAAAGGUCAGGGUGUGCUCGAAGUCGCCAUUCGGAACCGCGUUCCCGCAUCGUCGUUCGCGAUUCUCGUGGAACGCUGCGGUCCUCUAGUUCUCUGUCAGCGUAAUUGCCAAAACCACACAGCUCACGAUAUCGCCGAAAACUGCGGAUUAUCAGAGUACUGCAAACAGAUAAAUCGAAUUGUUGCGAAAUGGCUGCACGAAAGUUAUCCGAGGAGAGUCCUUGCUCUACACGGCUACGUCCGAUUGGCUGAAGUUUACAAGCCAAGGGAAAUCGAGUCACUUCCCGCUGACGUGAAGGACUUCCUCAACGCUCUCCCUGAGUACUGGGAAUGGAUCGACUAUUUGUCCGAAUCUGUUUACAACAAUGAUCUCGAUACGUUUCAAGGUCUUUCAGCUUAUCAAGGGGAUAAGUCAGAGCUUUUUCACUGCGAUCUCCUAUGGAAUGCUCGAGUUCGAGGGGAUGCAUUACCGCUGCUGCACAAAGCAGUGUUGAACAGAAAUAAAGAGAUGGUCCUAGAAAUCCUGAGUGCCAUGGAUCCUCUGGAGAGCAUCGACACUUUGGUCGACGAGUACUAUCGUACGGCCCUACAUUACGUGCACGCUAUGAAAGACGGAAAACACAUGAAAGAGAUUCUCGCCCUGCUCAAUCGGUUUGGAUCGUCGGAUCACUGUUUAGAUAAGUUCGGCAAGGAGCCGCUCGACUUCAAAGAGCACUCCGGCACUCCGACGAUGAAUUUAUACCUGACUAAGAUACGCGAGAGGGAUGCGAUACCAGAUCACCUCCACGAGGAAAUUUGGAGGCACAAACCGAGGAGAGUCCGGGAAUACAAAGUGCAGAAACAUCCACACCCGCACGCGCACUCCCAUGCAGCUCCCGUGUUCAAGGACGAAACGGAAAUGCUCGAGUCAGAUGAAGGUGGAUCGUGGAACUCGUGCAUCGUGCAGUGAUCCUCGCCAAGGGUUCCUGCAGGAAUCAUGCAUGCAGAGCCCCGUACUUCGCAAAUCUUUGCUCAACGCAACAAGUCGAUACAUUCACACGACCCAUGCACGGCCUGUGUAUGCCUCCCUUCCGUUUGAUGCUGAGGUUUUACAUCGGGAUUGGAUUGACUGCAGCAAUGCCGGAAGUUCCAUGAAUUUUCCCCGCUGUGAAGGAGUUUCAACUCAGACGACAUCGGACUUCGGGGUGAAGGGAGGCUCGGAGCAUUCGAGUGCUCA